CCCUGCCCUGAUCCAAGGUGCUGCUCGGCCUCCCUCCCAGGGAAGACUGCUUCUUGUGUAACGCCGGCCAUAGAAAGAGACUCCGAUGGACUUACACCGGGCAGCCUUCAAGAUGGAGAACUCAUCCUACCUUCCCAACCCUCUGGCAUCCCCAGCACUGAUGGUCCUGGCGUCCACGGCUGAGGCCAGCCGUGAUGCUUCCAUCCCUUGCCAACAGCCACGACCCUUUGGUGUACCUGUCUCAGUAGACAAGGACGUGCAUAUUCCAUUCACCAAUGGUUCCUACACCUUUGCCUCUAUGUACCAUCGGCAAGGUGGGGUGCCAGGCACUUUUGCCAAUCGUGAUUUUCCCCCUUCUUUAUUACACCUCCACCCUCAAUUUGCUCCCCCAAAUCUAGAUUGCACCCCAAUCAGUAUGCUGAAUCAUAGUGGCGUGGGGGCUUUCCGUCCCUUUGCUUCCACUGAGGACCGGGAGAGCUAUCAGUCAGCCUUUACACCGGCCAAGCGACUUAAGAACUGCCAUGACACAGAGUCUCCCCACUUGCGCUUCUCAGAUGCAGAUGGCAAGGAAUAUGACUUUGGGACACAGCUGCCAUCUAGCUCCCCCGGUUCACUUAAGGUUGACGACACUGGGAAGAAGAUUUUUGCUGUCUCUGGCCUCAUUUCUGAUCGGGAAGCCUCAUCUAGCCCAGAGGAUCGAAAUGACAGAUGUAAGAAGAAGGCAGCAGCGUUGUUUGACAGCCAGGCCCCAAUUUGCCCCAUUUGCCAGGUCCUGCUGAGGCCCAGUGAGUUACAGGAGCAUAUGGAGCAGGAACUGGAACAGCUGGCCCAACUGCCCUCCAGCAAGAAUUCCCUUCUGAAGGAUGCCAUGGCUCCAGGCACCCCCAAGUCCCUCCUGUUGUCUGCUUCCAUCAAGAGGGAAGGAGAGUCUCCAACAGCGUCACCACACUCAUCUGCCACUGAUGACCUGCACCACUCAGACAGAUACCAGACCUUCCUGCGAGUGCGAGCCAACCGGCAGACCCGACUGAAUGCUCGGAUUGGGAAAAUGAAACGGAGGAAGCAAGAUGAAGGGCAGGUAUGUCCCCUGUGCAACCGCCCCCUGGCAGGAUCGGAGCAGGAGAUGAGUAGGCAUGUGGAGCAUUGCCUUUCUAAGAGGGAAGGUUCCUGCAUGGCUGAGGAUGAUGCCGUGGACAUCGAGCAUGAGAACAGCAACCGCUUUGAGGAGUAUGAGUGGUGUGGGCAGAAACGGAUACGAGCCACCAGUCUCCUGGAAGGUGGCUUCCGAGGCUCUGGCUUCGUUAUGUGCAGCGGCAAAGAGAACCCAGACAGUGAUGCUGACUUGGAUGUGGAUGGGGAUGACACUCUGGAGUAUGGGAAGCCACAAUACACAGAGGCUGAUGUCAUCCCCUGCACAGGCGAGGAGCCCGGUGAAGCCAAGGAGAGAGAGGCACUCCGGGGCGCGGUCCUAAAUGGCGGCCCUCCCAGCACACGCAUCACGCCUGAGUUCUCUAAAUGGGCCAGUGACGAGAUGCCAUCCACCAGCAAUGGUGAAAGCAGCAAGCAGGAGGCCAUGCAGAAGACCUGCAAGAAUAGCGACAUCGAGAAAAUCACUGAAGAUUCAGCUGUGACCACGUUUGAGGCCCUGAAGGCUCGGGUCAGGGAGCUUGAACGGCAGCUAUCACGUGGGGACCGUUACAAAUGCCUCAUCUGCAUGGACUCGUACUCGAUGCCCCUAACGUCCAUCCAGUGUUGGCACGUGCACUGCGAGGAGUGCUGGCUGCGGACCCUGGGUGCCAAGAAGCUCUGCCCUCAGUGCAACACGAUCACAGCACCUGGAGACCUGCGAAGGAUCUACUUGUGAGCUAGCUACCCCAGGCAGGUCUUGCCUCGAGCAGCCCCACCUGCCCCCAGCCUCUGUGACAGUGACCCUCUCCCCUUGUACAUACUUGCACACAGGUUCCCCAAUGUACAUACAUGCACAUACAUACGUGUGCGCACACACACAUAUACACACACAGGACUCUGGAGCCAGAGUAGAGGCUGAGGCCCAGGCACUACCUGCUGGCUCCCACCAAGUUUGGGGGCCAUACCUGUUCCAGGGUGGGGCAGGGAGGUGAGGGUGGGGGGAGUAGCGGGGCUAGGCUCCUGAGAUCCAGCCCCCAGACUGACGGACAGACAGACAUGCAAACACCAGACUGAAGCACAUGUAAUAUAGACCGUGUAUGUUUACAAUGUUGUGUAUAAAUGGGACAACUCCCCACCCUCCUCCCCAUGGCUUCCCACUUUGGUUGUAUGAUUUUCUUCUUUUUUUAAAAACCCCUGGAAGCAGUGCCCCCUUUAGGGCUGGCUGGGGGCUCGGCCCAUCCACCUCUUGGGGUGCCUGCCUCUUCCUCUCCCGUGGUGUCCCUUCCCUCUCCCAUGUGCUCGGUGUUCAGUGGUGUAUAUUUCUUCUCCCAGACAUGAGGCACAUGCCCCGAGGGACAUGAUCCUCUCCUUAGUCUUAGCUCAUGGGGCUCUUUAUAAGGAGUUCGGGGUGGGGGCAGGAAGUGGGACCGAGCUGAAGCAGAGGCUGAAGUUGGGGCGGGAUGAGGGUGCUCCUGGCUGCCCAGCUUCCGCUGAGAACCUUUCCUGGGAUUUGAGCUGCUGCUCCCAGGGAAAAAGUGUUGUCUCCCUCGCCCCUCACGUGGGCCCCAUGGUGUGAUACUGUGUCUGUAUAUUCUAUACAAAGGUACUUGUCCUUUCCCUUUGUAAACUACAUUUGACAUGGAUUAAACCAAUAUAAACAGCU